AUGACUCGCCAUUGGCGACAAUAUCGCCAUCGCUUUGUGCCUUGGCUAGCUAUCAACUGGGCUCAAAGAACUAAAAGAUAUGCUGACAGUGAAGAGUCUGAUAUUGUCAUUGAUACCAAGGCUAUCCACCAAAUCAGUCAGUUGGUUGGAGGGGGCACAGGUGUGCUUGUAACAAAAGGAACUGUCCCCAAACAUACCCUGAUUGGACUUUACCCAGGAACUAUUUACCUCCUUCAUGAACCACUAUUCUUUCAAAGCAUAAGAAACCAAUUUAUUUUCCGUUGUGCAGAUGGAACUCACAUUGAUGGCAAUGACAGAGGAAUAUCAAAGUUCAUUUUCAAAUCCUGUGUCCAUCGUGACCGAGUAUUUCCAUAUUGGACAGCUGAUGGAACCUGGCUGUCCUCUUGGCCAUUAAACCCUUUAGCUAUUGGACAGUAUGUCAAUAACCAAUCACCAGAGUAUCCUGCCAAUGUCACUUACCAAGAAUUUGACAUUCCUGAAGAAUUUCCGCUUCAUUUGCGAAGAUAUCUUCCAUAUGUCAAAUAUGGAGGCCCAGUCGAUCACUUUCAAUUAUCCAAAAGGUCAUUGCGGGCUGUUGUGUUGGUAUCUCUUCGACCAAUCAAAACUGGAGAAGAACUCUUUUCCACAUACUUCACAGUUAUUGGACAAUCUGACAGACACACCCAUGUGAAAGAGACAUCUUUAAAAUAA